AUGAACAUCUGCAUCCUCAUUGUAGGCACCCGCGGCGACGUUCAACCGUUCGUGGCGAUUGCACUGCGGCUGCAAGAGGAUGGACAUCGCGUACGUCUGGCCACCCACGCGGUGUACAGAGAUUUCGUCAUGGGCCACGGCAUCGAGUUCUACCCGCUGGGAGGGGACCCGAAAGAGCUCGCUGCGUAUAUGGUCAAGACGGGAGGGCACCUCAUCCCGACGAAGAUCAAGACGAUCACUGAGCACGUGCCGCGCAACAUGCAGAUGAUCAACGAGAUCGUCUUUUCCACGUGGCCGGCGGUGUCCGAAGCAGACCCGGACGGCGGGGGUCCUGGGGUACCAGGUCAGCCAUUUAGAGCUCAAGCCAUUAUCGCCAACCCCGUAUCGUACGGACACGUGCACGUCGCCGAACGCCUUGGAGUCCCGCUCCACAUCAUGUUUCCUCAACCGUGGGUGCCCACGAUGGCGUUCCCUCACCCGCUGUCCAAUUUGGCGUACACUGGCAAAUGGCAGAAGAGAAAUUACCUGUCGUACAAACUCGUGGACAUGAUCAUGUGGCAGGGAACGGAAGGGAUCAUCAAUGAGUUCCGCACCGAAGUGCUGAAGCUGCAUCCUAUCCGCAACGGGGACUCCGGUUCUGAGUUACUCUUGGACCUGAACAUUCCUCACUCCUUCAUGUGGAGUCCCAAGCUCGUACCCAAGCCAGCAGAUUGGGGGGAUCUGUACAACGUCAUCGGUACUGUCACCCUCAAGGGUCCUGAGUCCGUGUACUCUCCAUCCCCAGAGCUCGAAGCAUUUCUUGGCAACGAUGGAGGGCCUAUCUUCGUUGGAUUCGGCUCCAUGGUCCUAGCCGACCCGCUAGCAACCACCAAGAUGAUCAUUGAAGCAGCCACACAAGCAAAUGUGCGAGUGCUGAUCCAGUCCAGCUGGAGCGACAUGGCCGGCGACCUCGAAAUCCCUAGCAACGUCUUCUUCAUCGGCAAUUGUCCGCACGACUGGCUCAUGCCCCGAGUAUCAGCUGUUGUUCACCAUGGCGGAGCGGGAACUACCGCCGCUGGCCUACUCGCUGGGAAGCCCACGUUCAUCGUCCCGUUCUUCGGAGACCAACCCUUCUGGGGGCAAGCCAUCGUGAGCGCUCGGGUGGGUGUACCGCCUUGCCCUAUUGCACAACUAACGACCGAGAUACUGUGCAAGGCCUUCGUAGAUCUCCAAAACUUAGAACUCCGGAAGCGAGCUGAAGUGCUGGGGGAACUCAUGAUGGAGGAAGAUGGAGCGGAAGAGGCUGUCCGCAGCUUUUAUCACCACAUUCCGACGCAAGAAAUGUGGUGCGACUUGGAUCACCAACGCGUUGCCACCCAGUGGAGUGUCCAGGACCGGAUCAAACUCUGCGACCGCUGUGCAUUCGUCGUCAGGGAACGUCCGGAAAACGACAAGAAAAAGUUCGUGCGCUAUCACUGCGUCGACUACUCCGCUCGUGGGCCCAGCUCUCUACUGAAGGGCGUCGCAACGGGAGCUAUUGUGUUCGCACACGAGCUGACUGGCGGCUUGACGGGUGUCCUGCUUCAGCCAGCGAAAGGACUGAUCUAUGGCGGGGUUGUCGGUGCCGUCAAGGGUGCAGUGGCGGGUGUGUACUAUUUGCUCUGGCGCCCGGUUCAUGGAGCUGUGCUCUUUGCUGACCGCGCAGUCGCUGGGAGGAAGAACGCGAAACGAGAAGAAGGCCAUCGCAAGAUGAACAGUGUGUUCGACCGCCACAUCAUGGCGGCCUUCGGGGUGCAAAACGGUUUGGCCGACACGUUUUGCCUGGCGAUGAGCCCAAAUGCAGUCGACAUCGUCAUUUUCGCGCGCAGGAAAGACCGCAAGAAGAUGCUGAGGCGGAUGAAACACUCGGUCAGGCAUCGGUACUGCGCCCGCUACGAGGCCAUCCCAGUCAUAACGCUUUAUUCCGCCAGACUCACAUCGGCUGGGACAGUCAAGAUGGCACUAGGUAUAUCAAGCGAUUCGUCGAAUGCUGUGGACUUCUCCAUCAUCGCGGAAUGGGAGGCGUACGCGUCGUACCAGCGUGGGAAAAUCGAGUACGCCGACUCAAUCACUCUAAACAACGUCAACAACAGAAGACCAAAGUCGCCGAAAUCAUCGAACUCCAAGAUUCCAGUCAUGAACGUGAGCCUUGCUGCUAUCGGUACUUGGGACAACGGUGUGAAGCAGUUCGUCGCAAUCGGCAUCAAGCUCAAGGAGCAGGGCCAUCGGGUUCGCGUUGCUGCUAACGAGAGGUUCCGAACAGAGAUUAUGGCCCGAGGUCUUGAAUUCUACCCCCUUGCUGGGGCCCCCGACAGUAUCCAAGACUUCGCAAAGUUUGUGUACGAUAGUCAAAAUGCAGCUCGAGCAGCGGUACCAGGACGCUUGGGUGCUGGUGCUAUUCAAGCGUUCAAGGAGCUCAUGUACUCGCUGUGGCCCGCUGCAUACGGAUCCGACCCGCAUGGUAGCGGCACAAAUAUUUCUGGAGUGCACUUUCGGGCGGACGCGCUGUUGUGGCAUCCGCUGCUGCUUGGUCAUGUACACGUUGCCGAACGACUUGGUAUUCCUCUCCAGUGUGCCAGCCUGGAACCCCUCUCGCCUACGUAUUAUUUCCCGCAUCCACUGAGCUCCAUCACAGGCCUCGACUCAACGAUCAUGACGCUGUGCCAAAGCAACUCGUUGACGUACGGCAUCGUUGACACUACGAUAUGGCACGGCAGUAUAGCAGAAGUUCUGACCCAGUUCCGUGCUUUCAUCGGAUUGAAGAAGCGCUGCGAUGUGCCCGACCCGCUUGUUCGGUGGGAAGUCCCACAUAUUUACCUCUGGAAUCCAGCGCUGCUACCAAAACCAUUGGACUGGGGGGCUGAACUGUCAGUUGUUGGUCAUGUGACUCUAUAUAUCAAUGCCGGGCUCAGUCGACGGAAACGCAAGAAGCGCGAGAAGGAGAUUAAACGCUUCAAGUGGUCCAGCUCACUCACCGAGUUUGCAUUCCAGACGUCCACUCCACCAGUCAUUUACUUCGGGGUCUCCACGCGGGCAAUGCCGUUUGGUGCUUUGGACGAGUUACUACAGAAAGUGGAGGCUGCUGCUUCCAGACAACAGGUUAGAAUCAUUUUCCAGACUCGAGAAGUUGGUGACAAGCAGCGAGCACUUUUCCAGUCUGCGAAUGUGCUGGAAAUCGCCAGCGAUCUGCCGUAUGCAAGACUCUUUCAAGAGGAAGCUGUGGUUGGAGUGAUCCACUGGGGAGAGCCUGAUGUCGUUGCGGAAAGUCUUUCGGCUGGCAAACCCAUCGGCAUUUGCGGUGCGCACUCGUAUCAGCGACUCAUAGCGUGCUUGUGUGAGCAAGCCCACGUCGGAUUGCCAUUGAUUGACUGGAACACGUGCACAGUGGAGACUCUGUCCGCAAACUUUCAGAACCUGCUAAGCCCAGCCUUCUAUGCCAACCUGCCCUGGGACGCGAUGCGCUGUGAUGUGGAUCCGAGUAAGCUCGCGCGAGUCUUCGACCCACGCAACAAACUCAAGUUGUCACUCCAGGCCUAUGUGGCUAUCCGCGAUAAAAUUAAGGUGUUUGUGCCGUACAAACCUCUCCGAUACGGUGGCAACCACCCUCCGACAUUCUCCAUUCACGACAAUGUCGGAGAAGCACAACGUGAUCUCAAGCCAACUCGGCAGCAUGAUGGAGUCCCGCAGGCGCUGGAGUUGCUUGAAAUCCAGGGUUACGCGCUUGGAGGCAGAUCCCUAAGCUGCUCCUCCGUGUUGUCAAACCCUGGCAGCCUUGUGGCCACUCCGGAACAGAUAGAGAUGUUCUGGAAUUCUGCGGAAGAAGAAGCCGCAGUACGCAGAGGUACCAAUGUGGCAUAUGAGCGCCUUGUCAAGAAGCUCCCUAUCAAGAGUAAACGCGAAGCAGUGAUGCGCUUCUUCGGGUUUAGAAAAGCAGCACAGCGUCGUGAAGCGGAGCAACUAACCUUAGUAGAAUAG